AUGAACCUCGAACUCCUCAAUCCCUUCACGACCUCCUUCCCCGAGAACUUCGACUCGUCGGUCGAUGUUGCCGGACUCUGCGCCCGCUUCAACCCUCGAGGCCUCUUCGCGGGACACUAUCUGGCGGUUGGGCGGCUGGACGGGGUGGUGAUCGUGCUGGACUUUGAGACGAAAUGCAUUGUGCGGUGGCUCGAGGGGCAUGUCAAGGCGGUCACGACAGUCUGCUGGUCAAGCAACUCCCGCUACCUCUUGACGGCUUCGCGAGAUUGGAACGCCAUCAUCUGGGAUCUCUCAGCAUCAGCGGCGGAUACGGUGGAAGGCGAACGACGACAUACGGUCCGUUUUGAUGCGCCAAUAACGAGCGCAGACCUGCACCCGCGGAAUAGCAAGAUGCUGGUCGUCACUCUGCACGGCCAGACGCAACCUGUCUUUGUCGAUCUGCGGGAAGGUGGUGGGCGAUGGGAGCUCGAGCCUCCGCCAGACGAGGAGGAAGUGCAGGAGGAGGAAGACGACGAGGACAUGGAGAUCAUUCGCGAGGUGGCCACCUUUGCUCGCUUCAACCCUCGAGGCGACUUGAUCUACGUCGGGACCUCGCGAGGAAACAUCCACAUAUGGGACGUCUACACGAAGGAGUGGCUCUGGACCGAGUACAUCGGUGUGCCAGCACCGGUCAAGCAGCUGGCGUUCAACAAGACCGGCUCGUCCAUCAUCCUCAAUUCGAACGACCGCUGCAUCCGCCUCAUCGCCCUCUCUCCCGAUCCCCCUGAACCGCCUUCCGACGAAGAAGAAGCCGCAGAGUUUGAGCUUCCGCCUCCACGACCACCUCGGAUACCGUAUUUCGAGGUCGUCCACCGAUUCCAAGACCUCGUCAAUCGAACGCCUUGGAACGGCUGCGGGUUCUCAAGCGACGGCGAGUACAUUAUCGGAGGCGCUGGUCACAAGGCGGCGCACAACAUCUACAUCUGGGAUCGCGAGACGGGCACGCUCGUCAAGAUUCUCGAGGGUCCGAAGGAUCCGUGCGAGGACCUCGACUGGCACCCUUCUCGCCCGCUCAUCGCCUCCGUCUCCUCGCUCGGCAUGAUACACACGUGGGUCACACCGAUUGUCGAGAACUGGAGUGCGUAUGCGCCUGGGUUCGAAGAGCUAGACGAAAACCGCGAGUAUGAGGAGAAGGAAGACGAGUUCGACUUUGAGGACGAGACCGCUAUCCGCCGACGAGCCGCCGACCUGCAAGACCACCCCGUCGACAUUCUCUCGCACACGACGCCUUCAACCCGAGCCGCGAUUGUCGAACCCUGGCCCGAAGACUACGAUGGUGUCGACGCUUACGAGGACUACGUCAUUCAAGACGCGGAAGAUGAUGAGGCGAAGGGUCAGGCGUUCUACCCGGCGCCGAUCUUGCUGGACGAGGCAGACUUGGUCGCGCUUGAGCCUGCUUCGCCCGAAGCCAGCGGCCGACGACGGUAG